AUGUUUGAUUAGUAUCUGAUUGAUAAAUUAUUACGCUGUUCUAUUUGUUGUUAAUAAUUUAGAUAGCCAGUUACUUUAACAUGUGGACAUACGUAUUGUUUUGAUUGUAUGUAUAAAUCAUUAUGUACAACGCCACGAUGUCCAUUAUGCAGGUUUUUAAAUUAUUGUACAAAUUAGAUCUUACAUUUAAACAUCUCCUAAUAUAUUAAAAGUAAACAUUAUUAUUCAUACAAUAAUAAGAAGUUAAAAUAGAUGUCCAGAAUAAGAAGAAUUAAAAUAAUAAAUAAUUGAUUCAGCCAAUCAUAUUCUUCUUAAAACUAAAGGAGAUCUAUUUCCUUAUUCAUUUUUGAAACUCUAAAUUCUCAAAAUUCCUGAUAGCAAUCUAACUUGUGAUGAUUAUUUUGAUUGUUUUAACAAUGCAGAAGUUUUUGUUUAAAAUGAACUUUAGAAAGCCUAAUUUAAGGCAAGAAUAGAUAGGGUUUCAAUUAUGAAUAAUAAUAUUUUCAUAUAUGCAUUUAUAUAAGAAAAAGUGUUAAGUUUAAAUACAACUCUUUAAGGAUUUAUUAUUGAUAGCACUGAUUAAUUUGGAAAUAAAGAGAAAAAGGAAAUAAUCCUUCCUGUAUGUUAAGGUAAAAUAGAAGUUUAAAAUGAAUUGAUAUCUGAGGAUGAUUUAAUUGAGAUGAAUGAAAUAAGACAUAGAAUUAAAAUUACAAUAGAAAAGAUAUUUAAUAAACAUUAUAAUUUGGAUUCUAUAGAAUAAGAAGUUUAUUAAAAAUUACACCAAUGUUGGUAUAAAUUCCUUAUAAUUUAAGGUUAUUUGAGUAUUUAUAAGAAUCUGAUCCAGAUAAUUUAAUGAAAUUGUCUUAUUGUUUACCAUCUAUGUUAUAGAUUAAAAAUCAUUAAAAACAUCAAAUAAUAUCUGAACCUGUUUUAAAAAGGCUAAAAUUGGCAGAAUAAAGUCUAAAUAAAUUAGCUCCAUUUAGACAUGGCGGUAUGAUAUUUGAAGUACCAAAUGAUCAUCCAAAGCCUCCAUUUACUUAAUUAAUAGUAGUCAUCAUUUUUAUUAUUCUUUAUUUUAUAUUUAUUAAUUGA